UGCCGGUACGAGCAUAAAUUACUGAUCUUCGACGUUCCGAAUCCUAAGGUUUCAAUUAGGCGGUUUUGGUCUUGGGGUGCUGGCGGCGAGGGGUCCUCACGGUUCUUUGACUUACGAGCUUUAAUCGUAGCUAGGGUUCAAUUUCUACGCGCACGUCUAUCUCGUAUACGCCCGCUGAACUCACGCAAAGGCACAUGCUGUGGUUGGUCCGGAGAGUGAGGGGCGCCCUUCCCCUUCAAAUGAGGUGAUUGUUGGGGAGGCCGCUCUUAUGGAUGGCGACGCAAAUGGUGGGGAGGGAGAAUCGGAACGCUCCCAUCGAGGACACCAAGAUUCUCCCAAGGAUACUCGGAGUCGGAGACUUUCUACGUCAUCACCUUCAUCACAUCCUCAACCUAGUUCCAACCCUACCACUCCACCAAUUUCACCAGUUAAAACGGAAGAAAAGCACGUCAGGAUUUCUGCUGAAGACGAAGAGGAUAAAGAACUAGAGGAAAGGCGGGAAGUGGAGACGAGCCGCCAUUCUCUCGAACUUGAUUCGUCGCCCCAAAGGACGAAGAGUGCGCGUCGGCAUGGAUUGCUAGGUCAGACGGCGCUGAAUGAGAUGGUGUUUGCGAACCCUUCGACGUCUCCCCACAGACAUGCGAGGCCCUCAGAUGGAGAUGGCGAAGGGGAAGAAGAGGAUAGGGAUGGUGAUUAUGGUGAUUAUGUUGUGGUGACCUCGCUGGAUGUUGUCUCGGAGAAGGAAAUGAGACGAACGGCGAUGGCGAAGAGGAAGAUCGAGUUUGGAACGGAUCCGAAUGCUGGUGGUCGGACGAUGGGAGAUCAGAGUGAAGUACAACAUGAAGAGAUUAGACCUCCUAAAUCGUCGUAUUAUAUUGGACCUCCGGGUGUCGACUCUGCUUAUGGGACUCCACCUAUUGGUCAAAUUGGUAUACAUUAUCCUCGGGAAAUAUUCAGGAUCGAGCGCGAUUAUACAGCUGGAGAACUUCCUCAAUUUCUUCCCACGUAUCCCCUGGAACUCGAAGGGAGGAUCACACCCACACAAUUCCAGGAGACCAUCAACGACAUAAAUGAAAUCCUUAUAUCGGCAUAUAGUACACAAGCUGCAUUUUGGGAGAAUUUGCUAGCUGUGGCCACUUUGUACACAAGCAUGCUUUUCAUCAAAACGCAUUACAACAAGGAAAUGCGACGGUUGAAGAUGCUCAUCGAUGAAAAAAAUGCAAUCAUGUACCAUCCUCAGGGUCUACAUAUCGUAUGGCCUCGAAAGUCAGCUUUCCUUUUCGUGAGUGUUGUUCCCAUCUUGAUGGUCCUGCAAUAUUAAUCAAAGUCCCCAAUUGUCACAGUUGGAGAUUGAAUAUUAUGUGCGUUGUCCUCACUUUUCUAUCGUCGCGUCUUGCAAACUGAUUGUACUUGAUAGUGAUAUUAAUUAUGGAUAAUUUU